AGCCACAUUUGUGCCAAAACCCGCAGUCAGAGUCCACAGCUCGCAGUGAUUGUUUAAGAAUUAGCAAUGAAGUUCGUGCUCCUGCUCUCCGUCCUAUGGGGUACGACAUACUCCAGCCCUAACGUGGUCGAGCGUCAAGAAAUUCCUAAUGUGGUAGUCAACAUUCAGGGCCUUGGAGCAGUUCGUGGUACUACCGAUUGGACAGCUCGCACCAAUCAAUCGAUCUCAAGCUUCUAUAAUAUCCCGUACGCUGAACCACCGACCGGUACUCUACGAUUUAAAGCCCCAGUCAAGGUUGCCGCGUGGACUACGGAACGAGAUGUUACUCAACCCGGGCGAGCAUGUCCCCAACCGAUUGCUGGACUUAAUCAGAACAAUGAAGACUGCUUAACUUUGUCGGUGUUUACGAAAAAUACGAAAGGGAAUUAUCCGGUGAUGGUUUACAUUCACGGUGGCUCAUUCUACCUGGGGUCGGCUGCUGAUCAUCCGCCGAAUUAUCUACUCGAGCGUGACGUUCUCCUAGUAGCGAUUCAGUACCGUCUUGGUGCUCUCGGCUUCCUCUCGACGUUGAGUAAUACCAUACCGGGCAAUGCCGGAAUGCUGGAUGUGAUUAUGGCUCUACAAUGGGUACAGGAUCACAUCGCAGAUUUCGGUGGAAAUCCACGGAACGUGACCGUGUUUGGACAAUCCGCUGGAGCUGCAGCAGCCUCGGCGCUCUUGUACAGCCCGCUUGUUUCGCAGAAUCUCUUCAACAAGGUCAUUCUGCAAUCUGGUGGCUCCAUCUCCACUUGGGCAGUUGAUUCCAAUCCAGUAGCGAAUGCUCAAGAUAUUGCCAAACAUGCCGGGUGCCUAGAAGAUCUUUCACUCGAAGGAACCGAACAGUGUCUGAUGGCGAUUCCCACUCAGUUGCUUGUUAACGUUUUACCGUUACACCUUGCUAACAUAUUCACCGCUGGCAAGGAGCACAUCAGUGGUAUUGGUAUGGUGGUAGGAGGACCAUCUAAUUUUCUAACGAAAAAACCGUUUCUAAGCGUUCGCCUAGGUGAAACUCGCAAAGAUAUUCGGCUGAUGGCUGGAGUCACCAAACAAGAUGGAUCAUUCCUUCUCAACAGUGUUUAUGAUUAUCUGUCCACCAGUCAGUUGCUGAAUGACUCCAAAUUUCUCCAGUACGAUCUGGUGGAUACUUUGAACGGCCUUUUAGGUUUGGAAGAAGAAACAGGAGCACUCACGGCAUUCGAAAUCGAUGCGCUUUUCAGUGCGGAAGAUCUCCAGAGUGGUAAUUUCUCUAUGAUGGCUAAGGGAUUGAUUGAUAUUGCCGGAGCGAUCACCCUGAAAGGACCGGUUCUCAGGGAUGUUCAAGCGAACGUGAAAUACAGUGACAUGGAAACAUAUUUGUACACUUUUGAUUACGAUGGAGAACACACUAGAUUCGGAUAUGGAAGGAACACUUCGCAAUUUCCAUACGAGGGUGGAAUUCAUCACUCGGAUGAGAAUAUUUAUCUAUUUCCACAUCCGGCUGAGGUGAGCGAGCUUAACGCUGCGGAUACUCGAAUGUCAGAAACCAUGGUUGAUUUGUGGACGUCGUUUGCGAUCGAUGGGGUCCCGCAAUCUGCUAAUGUUCAGCAGUGGCCACAAGUUGAUAGUUUAUUCGGACCGUAUUUGCACAUUAAUUCACCGGCGAGUGUUGGUGAAAACUUCUAUCGUGAAUUUUCUGCUACCGCCAGAGAUAAUCCAAGUGCAGCUGAUGCUACCGUUGUCACGGUUUACUUACUGAUCGUUAGCUGUUUCGCAGCCUUUUUUGGAUGGAUUUAAGUUCAUUACAAAACUUAGGCUAUAAAUCGGUAGUACCAUAGUGUACGAAAAGUGCUUGAGUAAAAGCUGGUAGUUUCAGAACAUAUAGUA